AUGUUUGUGAAAUUGUGUGAGAGAGACUGCAAAAAAAGCGAGAAUCAAGGCAACGUCGCCGAGCUCCUUGAUGGUGGCUGGUUCCUGGCUGUGCGACGCGACCCUAAUUUGGUUUUGGGGCCUGUUUUCUCGCGCAAUGGUGGUGUGGCGGGGGUUGUUCGACUGUCCUCUGACGGAGGGGUUGUGGUCAGUCGGCUGGGCGCGGGGUCGGGUUCUCGGGCUUCGGCUCUAGUCUCGAGACGGAGCGCACGCGCCCUUCUCCUACCACUACGCCACCGCCCUUUCUCUACUGCCGCCAACACCGCCACCCUCUUCAACCGCUACGUCGACCGAAACGACGUCGCCUCAUGGAACUCCAUCAUCGCCGAGCUCGCCCGCGGCGGAGACUCGGUGGAGGCCCUCCGCGCCUUCUCCUCCAUGCGCCGCUCCUCCCUCCGGCCCGACCGUUCCUCCUUCCCCUGCGCCAUCAAGUCAUGCGCCGCCAUACGAGACCUUUCCUCCGGCCGCCAGACCCACCAGCAGGCCCUCGUUUUCGGCCACGCCCCGGACCUCUUUGUGUCCUCUGCCCUCGUCGACAUGUACGCCAAGUGCGGCCAGCUAGCGGACGCCCGGAAGAUGUUCGACGAAAUUCCCGAACGAAACGCGGUCUCGUGGGCCUCCAUGAUUAACGGCUACGUCCAUAACCUUCGCCCUCGGGAGGCCCUGCUACUUUUUAAGGAGCUUUUGGCUGAGGAGAGUGGGGCAGAGUGCGUGGAUGGGGUCACCAUGGUCUCGGUUCUGGCUGCGUGUGCACGAGUGUGCGAGAGGAACGUGACACGUGGGGUCCACGGUAUGGUGGUCAAGAGGGGUUUGGAUGGGGUUUUGGGAGUGUGCAAUACUUUGAUUGAUUCAUACGCUAGGUGUGGCGUGGUCGGGUUCUCAAGAGAGGUGUUUGAUGGGAUGGAGGAGAAGGAUUUGGUGUCUUGGAACUCGAUGAUUGCGGUUUACGCGCAGAAUGGAUUGGGUGAGGAAGGUGUUGGGGUUUUUCAGGCCAUGGUGAGUGAAGGGGUCGAGUAUAAUGCUGUCACUUUGUCAGCCGUGCUAUUGGCUGUUGCACAAUUGGGUGCCCUUCGAGUUGUUUGUGCUCUGAUGAAUUUGAUUUUCACUUCUAAAUCCCAGGUUUUAAAGCUGAACCUGGAGCAAAACGUGUUUGUGGGCACCUCCCUCAUCGACAUGUACUGCAAAUGCGGGAGAGUUCAUCUGGCAAGACACGCAUUCGACGCCAUGCUCGAGAAGAACGUGAAAUCAUGGUCUGCUAUGAUCUCUGGCUACGGCAUGCACGGCCACGCAAAAGAAGCCCUCCAACUGCUGUCUUGCAUGAUACAAACCAGAACAAAGCCCAAUGCCAUAACUUUCGUAUCUGUCCUCUCUGCCUGCUGCCAUGCGGGCCUCGUGGACGAGGGCUGGCACUGGUUUUCUUCAAUGCAGCACAGAUUCAACAUACAUCCAAGCAUCGAACACUAUGGCUGUAUGGUCGAUCUUCUUGGCCGUGCGGGCCGUCUUGAAAAGGCCUACAAUUUGAUCUUGGAAAUGAGAGUACGUCCCGAUUUCAUCAUCUGGUGCUCUCUCCUUGCUUCGUGCAAGAUACACAAGAAUGUCAAGUUAGGGGAAAUUUCGGCCCAGAAAUUGUUUGAGCUGGACCCGAAUAACUCGGGAUACUACACCUUGCUCUCAAAUAUCUACGCGGAUGCUGGAAAGUGGGAGGAUGUGAAAAAAACGCGAAAAUUUAUGAAAAAUCAGGGGAUUGUGAAAUCUCCAGGGUACAGCCUUGUUGAACUAAAGGGUCGAGUUCACGUGUUCUUGGUUGGAGAUAGGCACCACCCGCAGCAUGAGAGGAUUCACGCGUAUUUGCAGGAAUUAUGUGGGAAGAUUAAGGAAGCUGGGUAUGUUCCCAGCUUGGAAUCUGCUUUGCAUGACGUUGACGAAGAGGAAAAGGGAUUGGUGCUGCAGAUUCACAGUGAGAAGCUUGCGGUUGUUUUUGGGAUUAUGAAUUCUGGUCAUGGGUCGACUGUCCAGGUGAUGAAGAAUCUGAGGACUUGUGAGGACUGCCACACGACUAUUAAGUUGAUAUCCAAGAUUACUGAUCGGGAGAUUGUGGUGAGAGAUCCCAAACGGUUUCAUCAUUUUAGGGAUGGCAGUUGUUCAUGUGGAGACUACUGGUGA